AUGGCGACUGGAGUAUUGCCAGCUCCUGUAUCAGGGGUCAGUAAGAUCCCGGAUUCGAAGCUCGGGUUUGGUAAAAGCAUGAAUUUUGUGAGAAUUUGUGAUUUGAGAAGUCUAAGAUCUGCUAGAAGGAGAGUAUCCGUUAUCCGGAAUUCGAAUCAAGGCUCUGAUUUAGCAGAGCUUCAACCUGCAUCAGAAGGAAGUCCUCUCUUAGUGCCAAGACAGAAAUAUUGCGAGUCGUUGCAUAAGACGGUGAGAAGGAAGACUCGUACUGUUAUGGUUGGAAAUGUCGCCCUUGGAAGCGAACAUCCGAUAAGGAUUCAAACGAUGACUACAUCGGAUACUAAAGAUGUUGCUGCAACUGUUGAUGAGGUUAUGAGAAUAGCGGAUAAAGGAGCGGAUAUUGUCAGGAUAACUGUUCAAGGGAAGAAAGAAGCCGAUGCGUGCUUUGAAAUAAAAGAUAAACUUGUUCAGCUUAAUUACAAUAUACCGCUGGUGGCGGAUAUUCAUUUUUCUCCUCCAGUAGCCUUGCGAGUAGCUGAAUGCUUUGACAAGAUCCGUGUCAACCCUGGAAAUUUUGCCGACAGACGGGCCCAGUUUCAGACGAUAGAAUAUACAGAAGAUGAAUAUCAAAAAGAACUUCAGCAUAUCGAGCAGGUCUUCACUCCUCUGGUUGAGAAAUGCAAAAAGUACGGUAGAGCAAUGCGUAUAGGGACAAAUCAUGGUAGUCUUUCUGACCGAAUCAUGAGCUAUUACGGGGAUUCUCCACGAGGAAUGGUUGAAUCUGCGUUUGAGUUUGCACGAAUAUGUCGGAAAUUAGACUAUCACAACUUUGUUUUCUCAAUGAAAGCGAGCAACCCGGUGAUCAUGGUCCAGGCGUAUCGUUUGCUCGUGGCUGAGAUGUAUGUUCAUGGAUGGGAUUAUCCUCUGCAUUUGGGAGUUACUGAGGCAGGAGAAGGCGAAGACGGACGAAUGAAAUCUGCAAUUGGAAUCGGGACGCUUCUUCAGGACGGACUAGGUGACACGGUAAGAGUUUCGCUGACGGAGCCACCAGAGGAGGAGAUAGAUCCAUGCAGGCGAUUGGCCAACCUAGGGACGAAAGCUGCUGAACUUCAACAUGGCGUGGCACCGUUUGAAGAAAAACAUAGGCAUUACUUUGAUUUUCAGCGUCGGACGGGUGAUCUACCUGUACAAAAAGAGGGAGAAGAGGUUGAUUACAGAGGUGUCCUUCACCGUGAUGGUUCUGUUCUGAUGUCGAUUUCUCUGGAUCAACUAAAGGCACCUGAACUCCUCUAUAGAUCGCUCGCUACAAAGCUUGUUGUGGGCAUGCCAUUCAAGGAUCUCGCAACAGUGGAUUCAAUCUUAUUAAGAGAGCUACCGCCUGUAGAUGAUAACGUGGCUCGUUUGGCUCUUAAACGGUUAAUCGAUGUCAGUAUGGGAGUGAUAACACCUUUAUCAGAGCAACUCACAAAGCCAUUGCCCAAUGCAAUGGUUCUUGUCAACCUCAAGGAACUAUCUGGUGGUGCUUAUAAGCUUCUCCCAGAAGGUACACGCUUGGUUGUCUCUGUACGAGGUGAUGAGUCUUACGAGGAGCUUGAAAUACUUAAAAACAUCGACGCUACUAUGAUUCUCCAUGAUGUACCCUUCACUGAAGACAAAGUAAGCAGAGUACACGCAGCUCGAAGACUGUUUGAGUUCCUAUCCGAGAAUUCAGUCAAUUUUCCCGUUAUUCACCACAUUAGGUUCCCAAACGGAAUUCACAGGGACGAAUUGGUGAUACAUGCAGGGACUUACGCUGGAGCCCUUCUUGUGGAUGGACUUGGCGAUGGCGUAUUGCUUGAAGCACCUGAUCAAGAUUUUGAAUUUCUUAGGAACACUUCAUUCAACUUAUUACAAGGCUGCAGAAUGCGUAACACUAAGACGGAAUAUGUAUCAUGCCCGUCUUGUGGAAGAACGCUGUUCGACUUGCAAGAAAUCAGCGCCGAAAUUCGAGAGAAGACUUCUCAUUUGCCAGGCGUUUCGAUUGCAAUCAUGGGUUGCAUUGUGAAUGGACCAGGGGAAAUGGCUGAUGCUGAUUUCGGUUAUGUAGGUGGUUCUCCCGGAAAAAUCGACCUUUACGUUGGAAAGACGGUGGUGAAGCGUGGGAUUGCCAUGACAGAGGCAACUGAUGCGCUGAUCGGUCUGAUUAAAGAACAUGGUCGUUGGGUCGACCCACCCGUGGCUGAUGAGUAG